AAAACUCUACUACUAUAUAACAACUAUCAACUCUCAUCCACCCAGCAGCAUCAAUCAACGAGAGAGAAGAAAGAAAAUGAAGCCCAUUGACGACAAGAAGGACAAGGUAGUGAUAAGGGCGGUGUCUAGCAAUGAGGAAGGGAAGAAGAGAGUGGAGAAGAUGGAGCUGAACACCCACAACAUAGACACCAUCAAGUACGUGGAAAAGCUCAUGGACAAGGGGGUGCAGCGCAUGGAAAGGCACCCAGUUGAUGGGUUAGGCGGGAUCAGGAAACCGUCGCCGAAGUCAGGACACGGCGGGAAGUACACGUGGGAAGGACCCGACGACAUAGUGGAGAACGAGCUGGAAACUGCGCCACCGGCUAUUGAUGAGAAGGAUCCGAACUAUGUAGAUGAGGAGGAGGAAGAGAAGAUUGUGAAAGGAGAAGAGGGUGGUGGGUUGGUGGUUGGCGAGGUGGAGGUGGCUAAGGAGGCGAAGGAGGGUGUGGCUAGAAUUGAGAUUGAUCCUCACUUCAAGCUGUAAACGCUAAUUUGUGCUUUAGUGUUGUUGGCUUUGGCUGUUCUUCCUUUUGGUUUACUUAACAAGGGAUGUGGAUUGUAGUUAAGGAGAACAAUUAACUAAUUAAUUAAUUACUUAAUAUGAUAAGUAUGUUCAACUUUCCGUCAAAA